AUGGCCCAAUCCACGACUCCAGGUUUUGACAAAGCCUACGCCCAAACCCUCUGUGAUCUCCAAGUCCCCAAAUUCAUUAAAUUCUCUCCCAACGGCCGACAAAUCUUGUACUCCACCAGUCUCAUCGGUGGCCAUCGUAAAGGCAAAAACGCUCUGUCAACGCUCUGGAUUGCAUCAUCCACCGAACCAAACUCAUCUCGCCAACUAACGUCCGGUCUCUUCAACGACACAUCUCCAAAAUGGCAUCCUGACAGAAAUAGAAUCGCUUUUCUGUCGGACCGUGCGAAAGUGGGUGAAUCUUCGGCGAUUUACAUGCUCAGAAUGGACGGUGGUGAUGCGAUUCCUAUAACCGAUGUUGAGAAUGAGGAGGAUAUUGAGAGCUUUCUGUUUUCGCCUGAUGGCAAGACUAUUGCGUAUGUUUCACCAGAUGAGAAAUCGGAGGAGGAGAAGGAGAAGAGUGAGAAGGAUGAGCCUGAUCCUGAACUCUGGGGCGAGAAAUGGGAGUAUGCUAGAUUGAGACUCGUCGAUGUGGAAUCUCACGAGACAAAGGUUCUCUUUGGCGGAGAGACUUACAUUGGCGAAUUUUGUUGGAGUCCCGAUGGGAAGAAUAUUGCUUUUAUGAGCACAGAGAACCCUCAUAUCGAAGAGGCGAUGUUGACGGGCACGACUAUCUCAACAGUUGAUGUCGAGACUGGCGAGGUCACAGAGCUCUGUAAGAUCAUGAACGAACCGUAUGAUCUUACCUGGGCGCCAGAUGGACAGGUGUAUUUCAUCACAGGUGUGCCUGCUGAUAAAGAUUCUGGAGGAAGAGCUGUCUACAAAACUGAUCCCAAGGCUGACACUGGGGACUUCGCAAAGGUUGCAUGUGGUGUUGAUGAUGAUGCCGGAGGUCUUCAUGUCGUUGGUGACAAAGUUCUUGUGAACCGUCAGGUUAGGCUCGUUGAUGUGAUCAGUGAACUAGGAGGCGACGAUCUGUUCGAUGAGGAAAAGGAGUUCUGGGUAUAUGAUAUUUUCAUCGACCCAGAGACUGGGACUUCGACUCUUGCAGCAAGCUUGUCAGAUGUUGGAACCCCUUACGACAUCUUCGUUAUCGAGAAGGGCAAAGAGAAGAUCAAGAUUUCCAACCACGGAAAGCCACUUGCAGACAGAUCCCUCGGUUCAUGCACAGUUCUCACCUGUCGUUCCACCGACGAUGAAGUCGAACUCGACGGUCUCUACCUCACCCCAACUUCCAAAGCAAACUCCAACAAGACCCCAGCUGAGCCCCUCCCAACAUUCGUCCUCAUCCACGGGGGCCCAACAUCUCGCGACACCGAUACCUUCGAUACAACAUGUUUCAACUGGGCUCCAUAUAUCCUGUCAAAAGGCUACGGCAUUCUCCUCCCUCAGUAUCGCGGCUCAAGCGGUCGCGGAGAAAAGUUUGCUUCAUACAGUAUGGGAGGACAGGGGAAGUAUGACUACGCUGAUGUGGUGGCUAUCACUGAUAACGCUAUCAAGAAGGGCUUUGCAGAUCCAAAGAAGCUUAUUGUUGGGGGUUGGAGUCAAGGUGGUCUUUUGACGUAUCUGUGCAGCGUACGCAAUGGUCUCCAUGGCCUGGGAUGGCGCUUCAACGCAGCUAUCGCCGGAGCGGGUGUCUGCGAUAUCGAAAGUCUUGCGCUUACAGCUGAUCUCGGCUCAACGUAUGAGAUCGAACUCGCGGGCGGUGAUACCAUUUGGACUCUCAACCGCGACGAUACACGAAAUCGACAAGGCAGUGCGCUCUGGGAAAUUUCCGGUGCAGUGAAGCAUACGCAAGAAACAGGGGAGAUGGUCAUCCCGCCCAUGCUGAUUCUUCACGGUGACAAGGAUGAGCGAUGUCCCUUUUCACAGGCGGAGGGGUUCAGGAGGGCCUUGAGGCAUUGGGGGUUGAAGUACGAGUUUGUCAAGUUUCCCGGGGAGGGGCAUGGGAUUGAACAGCAGAGGUAUUGGUUUGAUAUGUUUGAGAGGAUUGGGAGGUGGUGUGAUACGUAUAUUGGGGAUGGGCAGGUGAAGCUGGCGAUGAGAUGA